AUGGAACGGUUUAAUGGUAAUCAAGAUCAGCAAUUAGGCAACGGCAUGAAAAUAAAUUAUAGAAUCAAUCAAUUUUCUGAUCUAGUAGUUCCAACUAAUUUACCGACGACAAUAAAAUCCGGCUGUGACUGUGACCCUGAAAACAUUAAAAACUGUGAUCCCAGACAAGUAUCUGUUGGAGGUUCUGUCUGUGGUCGAGCAAUUAAUUGCGACCGUGUAAUAGAUUUAUUUCAAGUUGAUGUUAAUGGAGAUUUUUGUCAUCUUAACGUUUGCAAUAGAGACUGUGUAUGCCAAGAUGAAUGUCAUUGUGGUACUGGUCAGUGA